AUGGCUAACAAUGACGGGGAAGUGAGCGGGAAACGUGCAGGAUUUCCUCCUCUUCUCAAUGAAAGGAUCCUUUCUUCAAUGUCACAUAGAUCUAUUGCUGCCCAUCCCUGGCAUGACUUGGAGAUUGGACCAGGUGCUCCAAGUGUUUUCAAUUGUGUGGUUGAGAUCAGCAAGGGCAGCAAGGUUAAAUAUGAGCUUGACAAGACAACUGGCCUUAUAAAGGUUGAUCGUGUUCUCUACUCAUCAGUUGUUUACCCACACAACUAUGGCUUCAUCCCAAGAACUAUCUGUGAGGACAGUGAUCCUAUGGAUGUUCUGGUACUGAUGCAGGAGCCUGUGCUACCGGGUUCUUUCCUUCGUGCUCGUGCAAUUGGUCUAAUGCCCAUGAUUGAUCAGGGUGAAAAGGAUGACAAAAUCAUCGCAGUGUGUGCUGAUGACCCUGAAUUCGUCCAAUGCAAGGACAUCAAAGAUCUUCCUCCACAUCGCCUGGCUGAAAUCCGCCGCUUUUUUGAAGACUAUAAGAAGAAUGAGAACAAGAAAGUUGAUGUUGAAGACUUCUUGCCAGCUGGCUCCGCUGUUGAAGCCAUCAAGUAUUCCAUGGAUCUGUAUGCAUCUUACAUUGUUGAAAGUCUGAGGCAGUGA